UUUAGCAUUCAACGUUCAAAAGUAGAAGUCGGAUUUAAAAUUUGCGACGCCAUUCGAAUGACUAGAGAUAGAAUUUGUGUAGAUUUUCACAAUGUGAAAUAUUUAGUUAUUCGAGUCUAAGCUGUAAAACCUGAAGUAUUCUCGAGUGGCUUUGAGUGGUAUAUAUACAACCACGUAAAAAUAACCUAUUUUUUUUUCAUCGUAUAAAAUACGUUUCUUCAUAAACAUGGCCAAGAGAAAAUCCUUAAAUCGUGUAUCCCGACGAUACUCCAAACGUAGAUCCGUCGACUCCUUCGGUUCUGGACAUCUUGAUCCUGAUACAUUCGUCGUGGAUGAAGAACGAACAUUUUGGUGGAAUAACUUGGAAGAGAAUACAUUCCCUCCGCAUUCCAUAAUUCACAGUGAAAAUGAAACGUCUAGGAUGCUGAAUGCUAAUUCAAGGAUUGAUUCUAGUCAGAAUUCCGAUCCUACGGAAUGGUGGAAAAAUUUAGAUUCUGAUACUGAAUCCAUUGCUUCGAAGCCAAGAAGCUCAAGGCGUAGCGCAGCAAUAGUUAAAAGUCGUAUAUUACAAACUUCGACUGAGACAUCUGAGUCAGAAAAAGAGCUCAAUUUAAGAAAAAAGAAGGUUCGUUUAAAAGCAAGUAAUAGGAAGAGUAUUAACAAUGCUUUCGCAAAUGCUUUGAAUGAUACCGAGACAACUACGCCAUUAAAAUCGCGGAAGAAACAAGUCCACUCUGAAAUACAUAUUGAUUCAGUCAGUGAAUCUUUGCAAGGAAGAUCACAGGAAAAUGAAGAGGAUAGUAAUUCGAGCCCAACUUCGAAGAUUUUGAAAUCAAAGCCAAGUAUUUUUAGAACAAGAAGAGGUAGAGGAGAUGGUAUGAAAGAUCAGAAUAUCUUUCAGGAUGUGCUAAUGGAAAAUAAUGUUUUGAAUACCAGCACUGCGAAAACAUCAGUCGUGUUUGAAAAGGAAUCCUCGCAACAUUUAAUGCAUCGAAAUAUUAAUACGAAUAAAGAUCAUAUUGAUGAUCAAAGAAAAUCAAUAAGAUCGCCUCAAACAAUGUCAAGGAUUUUGAAAACAAGAAGUGGAGAUAUGAAAGAUCAGAACGCUUUUCAGGAUGUACUAACGAAAGAUGAUGUUUUGAAUGCCAGCACUGCCGAAAAAUCAGUCGCAUUUGAAAAGGAAUUCUCACAGCAUUCGAUGCAUCAAAAUAUUAAUACGAAUAAAGAUUAUAUUGACGAUCAAAGAAAAUCAAUAAGAGCGCUAGAGGAUAUUGAAACUGAUUCCUUAACCCUAAAUGUAGAGAAGGCAGUGCCUGAAAAUAACGCUGAGACUGAAAGUAACGAUGAAAGUAUCGUACAUCGUCAACAUUUAAAAUUUAAGUCUCGCUUUAUGCAGCAAGCACGGAAAAGCAUAGGAAAAAAUGCCUUUGCAGAUGCUGUAGUUGAUGAUAGUAAUGCAAAUUUGUCUACAUCUAAUCUAAAUAAGGAAAACAAUAUUCAAAAAUCUUUAAUGUCGCGAUCAUCUUUAAACAAAUCUAAUGCCAACAGCAAUAUUACGCCUGAAAGUUUAUCAAUUCGUAAAAGUUCAAGAUUGUCUUUAAAUAUAUCUAAAAAGCAGCAAUCAGAUAUAUCGGUGCAAGAUAAAAAUAAUAUUGAAUCAAGUUUGAGCAGCUCAUCCCUGGAUAACAAUGAAUCCCGUGGAAUGAAAAGAUCCGCAUUUUUGAAGUCAAAAUCAAGAAUUCCAAAACCUUUUCGUAAGCGCUCAUCUAAUCCAUUCGAAGAAAUUCUGAAACAAGAUAAUAUCAGUGAUAGAAGAAAUAAUGUUCCAAUUGAAGAAUAUUAUGCUUCUUCUGAAGGAGAAACUACAACAAGGAUUAAUCAAGAACGUGAAUCUUUAGCAACACAGAAAAAUCCACAAUCAGAAAAUAAUAAUAUUACGAAUGAGGAAGAUUCUUAUGAAAUAUUUUUCGAAGCGUUAUCAAACAUCGAGAAAAGUCGAUCUAAGGAAUCUAAUAUACUAUCGGAAGAUGAGAAUAAACUAUUAGAAAACAACGAUCUCAAUAACACAUCAAAAUCAAUUUCUCGAAAGAGUGUAAUAGCUAAAUCGUUAGAAGAAAAAAUUUCCAAUCGCAAGUCCAUUAGGGAAAAAACUUUGAAGGAAUCCGCAUAUACAAAUGCAAUAUCGCCCGUCGACAGAUUAAGUACUAAUAAGGUAAUAAUACAAGAUGCAAGUGACGAUUCACAUACAUAUGUAGAACGCGAUGUAAGUACAUCCGAAUCAAAUUCUACUAAGGAAGUUGGUUUGACGCAAAACAGUUUAAGAAUUCGGUCUGAAAUACCUGUGAAUAUAGAAGUACAUGAAGCUAAUGAUAAUUUACACACUGAUGCAAAUAGAGAACAUGAUUCAAGUACGCCCAAACGAUCGUUUAAAUUAACCCCUAAUAAGGAAGCUCAUUUGACGCGUAAUAGUUUAAGAAAUCGAUUUGAAACAUCAAAGCCUGUGAAUAUAGAAGUACAUGAAGAUAUUAAUAAUUCGCGCAAUGAUGCAAAUAGUGCGAUUUAUAGACACGAUUCAAAUAUGCAAUUGUCCAAAUCAAAUCUUAGUAAGGAAGAUCGUUUGACGCAUAACAGUUUAAGAAAUCAAUCUGAAACAUUGAAACCUAUAAGUAAAAAUACGGAAGUCUCUAAGCGGUUUUCCAAUGAUGAUAAAGACAAUAAUAUAAAUGUUGAUUUGGAAACAAGUUCAGAUAGUACAGUGUAUCUAAUAACAAGAGCAGAUAUACAUUCUGAAAAUAACACAAAUAUAAGAACACAGAAAAACACUAAUCUGCCAACUGAAAAAGAAAUAACUAGUGACGAAGAUGCAGAGACUGCAACGCAAACAAUUCAACGAAAUUCCUCAUCAACAAAAUCUGGAACAAGGAGUAAAGUAGUAAAUCAAUCUAAAACACUGAAACCUACGAGUAAAAAUAUGGAAGCCUCUAAACAAUCUACAAAUUUGAUCGCUGAUAUUGAAGAAGACAAUAAUAUAAAUGCAGACUCAGAAACAAGUGAUAGUAUAUCGCAUAUAACGAGAGCAGAAAUACAUUCUAAAGAUAACACAAACAUAGGAAUAGAGAAAAGCACUAUUUUAUCAACUGAAAAAAAAAUAAUUGGUGAUGAAAAUACAGAACCUGCGAUACAAACAAUUCAACGAAAUUCUUUGACGAAACCUGAAACAAGUAAAACAGUAAAUCAGCAAAGUAUGCAAAAUUCAAAUAGGACCAGCAUUAAGGACAGAGAAAUUGCACAUAGAAAAAAAAGUUUGGGCAAGUCUCAAAAUUAUCGCAAUACGCCGACUAAAUCGCCGACUAAAUCACCGGCUAAAUCGCCGACUAAAUCAAGUAAAGAUACUUCUUCCAAUAAGCAAAAUUCGUCUAAGUCACUGAAAAAAAUAGAUGAUUUUUUCAUCAAAAUAAAAGAAACUUCGACGAAACAACUAAACGAACGCGCGCAAAAGUCGCAAGUCUUCGAUAAUGAGAAAAUGAAGAAGAUUAAAAUAGAAUUGGAGAAGCUAAAGAGUCGCGAGAUGGCUGCGAUGAAAAAAAAAUCGGCCGAUAAGAAAACAUCUGCAAUAAAAAAGGAAACAAUGAAAUUUGUUAUAUCUAAACAAGAUAUAAAGAAGAAGAAGCCGCUCAUGAAUUCUACGAAAGUAGAUAAGGCAUUUCUAGUAUAUGGAAAAGUAUAUAGACCACCAAGACUUCCUCGUCCGAAACAUUGGGCUACAGAUCGUCUUUACAAGUUUCUGUGGAAACGCUUGGAGCCAAAGUACAAACUGGCCACGAGAGUGAAGUCUGAGAAAUUCGUGCAGGAAUUAGCUACGGUAGUAGCUAUUAUUGAGCGUUGUAAGAAUUACGAAAAUUAUAAUACCGAAUUAAAGGCUCUGAUGAAGGAAAUGGCUCGUUUGAAACUUAUCAAUACUCGUAUGGACUUUUAUCAUUUCUGUCAGGAUUUUUUACCAUAUGAGUUUCGUGUUAAAGUCAUACCUAUGUCAUUACCCGGCAAUGAAAAUAAUAUUCCCUUCGAUCCAAAAAAUGUGCAUACUCCUUUACUUGAUACCGAAUGAGUAAUCGUUGAAAAUGUAAUUAUAAUACGAUAGAAUAUAUUAAUUAUGUUUAUUUAAGUUAUACGUGUAUAGCGGUGAUUUCAUUCUUUGAAUGUACAUACAUGUAUCCAAUAAAAAUUAAUAUUAUUUUGUUAACAUAU